ACCAGAAUUCUGGACAUGCUUCACGACAUCAUUAGGUAUAACCAGUGCUGCAAUGGUUCACAUCUUAAGCUCGAAAAUUCAGCAUGUGAUUUUUCUUUACAAAGUUACGUGUCUCUUUCAGAUCUGAUUGUGCAAGCUAAAUCUGGUACGGGGAAAACAUGUGUCUUUGCUACAAUUGCAUUGGACUCCCUUAUCCUCGAGAAUCCGGCAACACAGGUUCUCGUUCUGGCGCCUACCAGGGAAAUUGCAGUCCAAAUCCACUCAGUCAUUACAGCAAUUGGCAUUAAAAUGGAGGGCCUGGAAUGUCACGUCUUCAUUGGAGGGACCCCAUUGAACCUAGACAAAAUGCGGCUGAAGAAAUGCCAUAUCGCAGUAGGUUCUCCAGGUCGCAUUAAACAGCUGAUCGAGAUUGGCUUUCUCCCGACAGUCAGUAUCCGCUUGUUCAUAUUGGAUGAGGCGGAUAAGUUGCUGGAAGAGGGCAGCUUCCAGGAGCAGAUCAACUGGAUUUAUUCUUCGCUGCCAUCAAAUAAGCAGAUGGUGGCCUUGUCUGCAACAUACCCGGAGUCAUUGGCCCAUCAUUUAACGAGGUAUAUGAGGGAUCCCAGCUUUGUCCGACUGAACCCUACUGAUCCAUCACUCAUUGGGCUGAAGCAGUUCUACAAGGUUGUAAAUUCCUACCCACUUCCACACAAGAUCUUUGAAGAGAAAAUGCAGCAUUUACUGGAGUUGUUCAGUAAGAUUCCCUUCAACCAAGCUCUGGUCUUCUCUAACCUUCACAGCAGGGCCCAGCGUCUAGCAGACAUUCUCACCUCAAAAGGACUUCCUGCAGUCUGCAUUUCAGGCAGCAUGAACCAGAACCAGCGACUUGAAGCCAUGUCCAAACUAAAACAGUAUAAAUGCCGUGUCCUCAUUUCCACUGACCUGACUUCCAGAGGAAUUGAUGCAGAAAAGGUGAACCUGGUGGUUAACUUGGAUGUGCCCCAGGACUGGGAGACAUACAUGCAUCGAAUAGGCAGAGCUGGCCGCUUUGGCACUCAAGGCUUGGCUGUGACAUACUGUUGUCGCGGUGAAGAGGAGAAUGAGUUGGAGUUAAUAGCACAGCGUUGCAAUCUUCACCUCCUGAGUCUACCUGAUCCAAUUCCAUCAGGAUUACUGGAAGACCCCAUAGAUUGGGAUGUAGAGGUCAUCAAGGUACAAGGGGAUAAGAAUCCAGCCCCUGCAGCAACUCCAUUGGCCGCUGAGAUUGAACCCUCAGUGAGGCAGGAGCACACCAUCCCAGAGCCACUGUCACUGUCUCCUGCCAAACUUGCUAGAAGAAAAUUCACAACCAAGAAAAUUGUGAAAUCGAAGGAGGUGCCGACAGAAAAAGAGACCCAGGGAUGCCUUGCUGGAGAUGCGGCGAGGACACCAGAGAUCAGCAUCUUCCACGUGCCCACUGACAUCAAAAUGAAAGUCCAGGCAAACCUCCAAGAUGCCAUGCGCUGUGAUGUGCCCCAAUCCUCUGCUGAGCCAGUCACCAUCACAAUGCAAGACAGGAAGGCUUUGCAAGAAUCACUUCCAAAAAUCCCACCCUUGACACUCUUUAAGAAAAGAUCAAAACGCAGGAGGCGAUCGUUGAGCUUUGUGGAAAUUGUUGAAGAUUACGAGGGCUUCCUUGCCGAACGGGAUGAGAAGCCAGUGGAAAUAGUCCGCCAAUGGACGGGUUUCACUGGGAUCUUGAAGGAGAAGUCAACAAAUGAAACCGAAGAUUCAGAAAGCCGGGAGCUGAUGUCCCAAGAACAGAACAGUCGCCUGUUUCUUAGUAAGAAGGAUUUGGUCUGUCUACAUAAUUCUCAAAGGUGGGCAAAACCGACUGAGCUCGAUGACCAAGACCCCAGUGAUUCCAGCUCCAGCACCAACUCUUCAACACGCAGCAGGACCAGCAGCAGAGAGUCAUCAACAGAGGCUGAGGUGCCAGUGAAUCCUCACGUCCAGAAUGAUGAUCUGCUGAGGAAAGUCACAAGUCCUGUCCCAGAGGAUUUUCCCAAUCGGAGUGAGAAAAGCCUUUCCGCCUUCCAAUCCCUUGCCCAGCAAGGGGGCUUCAAAGAUGAGGCAGCUGCUAAUUCUUUCUCUGGCAUCUCUUCCAAACGACCGCUUGAGAUUGAUACAGGAUUAGGUGUCAAUUGCUCCUCUGUCAAAGGCUCAGCCCCUAAGGGCAGCAGGAAAAGAUCCAAGGCAGAUCCCAAGCUGGCAUCAGCUGAAACAGACAGAGCUUCCACUAUCACAGAGAAGGGCAGUAAGGAUGCAUCUUGCCCUUACCCAGGAGGUCAGCCCCUGUUGCCCUCUGAGUCUGAAUGUUCAGGUGAUUACUGGAAGGCUUAUUAUCGUGCAUGGCGCAAUUACUACGCUACCAUUGGGUAUCCUUAUUAUGGAAGCUCAAAGAGGCAUUCAGAUUGGCUGAGAGCCUAUCAGAUGAACUCUGUGUAUCUGCAAGAAUUGUUCAAACCAUAAAUUAAUUAGUUUUUUAACGGUAAUUGAUGGUAGAACACUUUUUUGUACUACAACUGAGCUACUGCAAUAAAGAUUUUUCCCCCUUGUC